UUGUCCUGUAAAUACCAGGCCAAACAGGCACAAAGCAUAAAAGCGUGGGAAUAGUGAUUUUUGUUUUUUUGUUUUUUUGCAUUUUUUGUUGGAUCAAGGCAUGAACUAGAUUAAAGCUGCUGCUGAACAGAACUAUCCAGAAACACUGAAGGACAUUACCAAACUGCGUAUGGAAAUCUAGUGAGGGUUAGAAAACAAAACCCAGAAGAGGACAGUAAUUUGGUGGUACAUAUAUAAAAAUACACUUGGAUUUUUUACCGUUUUUUUUUUUUUGUACUCAAGAGGGAAUCUGAUGCUGGAAAAGUUUGAUUAGUCUGUGUUUGUUCACAUUGCCACAAAUGUUUCUGAACUCUUUACUUGUGGUUACAACUGACCUUGCAGCUGCUCUGCUGGGAAAUGCCUUAUUUCGUCGGCAUUUUCAUUUGUUGUUGUCAGCUGUGAUCAUGUUUGGACCCUUACUGAACUUAUGGGUAUCUCAAUAUAGUAUUUUUGCAAAGAGGAGCCAUUUUCUUUACAGGAUUUUUCUCCGCUCAGGCUGGGGCUGGACCUGUGUGUUUGUUGGCUCUUUCAACUUCCUUCUGUCUUAUUCUGUCCGGCGCUCCCUCAUACUUACGCUGCGACACCUGUCGCGUCUGGCUGUAACAGGUACGCUGUGGUUGGGAUUCCAGAAGGUGCUCAAUCUGUUGGAGAAUGCCACAGGGAGUUGCUAUGAACCUCUCAGUGUGGCUCCUGAGCUUGCUUCAGGAGCUAAUGAAGCAGGUCAGCCAUUAUUGCUUUUACGGGAAGGCGAGACAAAAGCUAUCUGCAUAAGCUCUGGCAUGCUGUGGCGUGGCUAUGAGGUCUCUGAGGACAUCUUUCUGCUUUGCCUGUGCUGCCUAUUGCUGGCUGAGGAAACAGCAGUGUUUGGGCCCUAUUUAAACCUGGGUGGGACCUCUGGAGCACCCCUACGCAUUCUCUUCCUGUUCUGUGUCCUGCUGCUGAGUCUCUGGUUAUUCCUGCUUUUUUGCCUGCUGGCUUACUUCCCACAAUUCCCAACCCAGCUCCUGGGGGGUGCUCUGGGUUGUCUAAGCUGGAGGGUGACAUAUCAAGGCUGGUACCACUUGGGACCAAGCUGGUACUGUCCUGGAAGGCCUGGAGUGGGGCUCCUAACAACAUAGGGAGAAAUAGAUAAGAGAACAUUUGGAAUAAAAUGAAAUAUUAAGUUUUUUUUCCAACUACAGUACUAGGUUGUAGUAGUGGUAGUAGCAGUUUUCAACUACCUGUGAAAUCUUUGAGAUUUUCUUAAUAGUUUGGAUGUAGGCAAUUCAUUUAAAUAUCUUAGCAUUGUCUGAAAUAAGUUUUUUGAAAUACCCCAUAUCAGUUUGCAAGAUCAGUACGUAAGUUUAAAAAUGCUGGGAGUUAAAGCUCAGGAUAUGACAAAGAAACCUGUACUAGUUAGACCCAUGUACUAUAUGGAGUGUUACAAUAUGUUGCUUGAACAUUUUUGUCCAUUUAGAAGCCAUAUUCUCAAAACAGAAAUAAACAGGAGUUUACUGGUCAAAAUAA